GCCCAGUCCCCAACAGACAGGCAGAUGCUCCUCAGCCAGCUGACCACUCUCCUGAGCCUGCUCAGUGGAGCCUGGCUACCCAGAGGCUUGGGGAGGCCUGGACCUCAGGGUCCCCCACCCCAGCCCGCAGCUGCUGCCAAUCAGACCCAAACUCUGGGCGAAGGGGCCCUGGUCUCCCCAGUACCAUCCUCUGCCCUCAGUAGCUGGAAGGCUUUCUUGGACCUGCAGAAAACUGGGCAUAUGGGGACAGGUGGGCUGCAGCAUAGGCAGCAGGUGGCUGCCACCAUGUCUCUCCCACUGAACCCACAGGAAGUGGCCCAGGAGAUGUGCAAGGCUGUGCCCUUCACUCAGGUGCUCUCCCAGCCGGGAUGCAUGACCAUGCGUCUCCGUAAUCACCUCUGCUUUGGCCACUGCUCCUCACUCUACGUCCCUGGUGUGGACUCUGCCCCACAUGUCCUCUGCAACAGCUGUGUGCCCACUCAAAGGCGCUGGGCAGCCGUGUUCCUGUGGUGUUGGGUGGGCAGCCCAGUCUCUCGUCAGCGGGUGAAGACAUCCACAUUGCUGGUCGAGAGAUGUCAGUGCAGCCCGAAGGCGUGAGCUGAGCAUCACGGACUGACACACAGAUGCACGCCCCUAUGAGAGCUGUGGGGAGUCAGGCUGAGGAAGACGCCGACCUGGGUUAUGUACACUGGGUCAAAGAGACCAAGGAUGCAGGGAAAGCCAGAUGGGCCUUCUGAAUCCUCACCCUGCUCCCAGGGACACCAGACGCAGGUCCAGCCAUAGAGGCGGACCACUCAGAGACACAGCGCACACUUGCUAGGCACUCAGUGUUGGCCAGGCCCGGCUCUUAGUGUUUGACAUGUACUUACUUGUGUCAUCCUCAGAGCUGCCCAAUGACAUGGAGGUAUCACCCCAUUGUACAGGAAAGGAAACAGAGGCCCUAAGAGGCAAAGCCUCUAGCUCAGGGUCACACAACAGUAUGUGGCAGAGAGAGCUUUUGAAACCAAGGCAGUGUGAUACCCCUUUUCAACCACCAGGCUAGACUUCUUCUCACAGAAUGAGUAAAGGUGCACCCCCAACUGCAGGGAUGACAGAUGGGACCCACCCAGACCCGGAGACCUGGUGACAACCCUGCCCUAGGGACUCCAAGAAACCAAGACAGGAAGGCAGAUGUAGCUCCUGGGGGAAACCUGGGCUCCCUGAGUCAGAUGCAGGACCCACGUGCUCCAGCCACCCCCCAAGUCUCCACACAGCCCCACACCCAGUGUGGCAUUCUGCAGGAACCAUAA